GUCCAGUGAAACAGUAAUGGCGACCAACGAGAUGGAAACCGACGAUCACACUCAUCUACCGGUCUCUAGCGGCUUAAGAAGAUCGAAUUCAGCUCCAAACAUAAGCGUAGCAGUUUUAAAUCACAACACCCCUACAUUCCAGUCAUUAUCCUUACCAAGACAACGAAGAUUUUCUGUGAAUUCUCCAAACCAAAACAUGAUAACUGUAGGAUCUCCUGCUUCUAGGGUAAAUCAACUAAAGAGGGAUGAAAGCGUUGACGAUAUGCGUCGAGAGGUGCAGAGAGAACAUGAAAUUCUUUCUAAUUUACAUUUGGUUCAUGAUUUAGAUGAAAGUAUGAAUCUGGACCAUGAUAAGCAAAAUCAAGAUACACCCAUGCAAGAAAGACGAAAUUCAUUUGAUGGCAACGCAGACAUGUUCCCGUCACCUGCACCAUCUUCUCCAUCACCUACAAGAUUUGUAAGGCAAAUUCCAGUUCGAAAUGCUAGAAGUUUAACACCAAGUCCUAUACCAAGUCCCACACGAACAGUUACUGUGAGAAGAAGUCUUAGUCCUGUUUGCCUAAGACCAAGUAUUUUGUCGCCCACUAUGUCGUACCUCAAAAGAAAAUGUCCUUCACAUGGCUGUGAUCUUGGAGUUAGCCCCUCAAAGAGAAUCUGUGAUGGGCCAUCGCAAAGUACAUCUCCAGAAGGACCAUGUGAAACAUCGCAUCUUAAUUUUGAUGAAGAAAAUUAUAUACAUUUAGACCACAGUAUAUCUCAUAACACAAAUACCACGUCGUCAACAGCAUCGUCAUCUAUACCAUCAACACCGCCCAUGUUAUUCAGCGAUACACAAAGAAUAGGUUUCCCUAGUUAUAGGUCACGAUUUACACCACCAAGAUCACCGCUGGCAGGACCAGCAAUUUCGCACACACAUACGGACACUCCUGUAUCUAUAGCGACAAGCCAGCCUUGCUUCACAUUUGCUCCUGUUAGAGAAUGAGUUUUUAGAUGAUAUAAGCAAAAAUGAGUAUUUUUCUAAAAAAAGAAACAGAAUUUAUUCUUGUACAGACCAUUCCUUGGAAAGGAAAUUAUAGAGUAAUUAAUUAAAUUAAUAAAUUAGCUCCAUAGUACCAUAAUAGCAGGUUAGAUUUCAUUGUAUAGCAGCACUUCUCUCUCUUGAACUGUCAUUAGUAUGGGUCUUACUUGAUGUUGCAGGAUGUAUUCUGGGUUAGGGUUAUUUUAUUUCAGGGUAUUGUUUAGCUCCAAGCUCCUUGUUCUUGGCUAUUGUUUUAUUGUCUUCAUGGCCCAAGUGCCUUGCAACACCAAGAAAGAGCCAUUAGUAUACAGCCAACCAUAUAUGUGGCAAACAAUUUGAAUAUUUAUUUGACUAGUUACUGAUAGUGACUGACUAGUGACUGACUAGUGACUGACUAGUGACUGACUAGUGACUGACUGAACUCAUGUUCAUGUGGAAAUGUAAAAGCAUUUUUAGAUGUAUGAGAGGCUAGUCAGUAGCUUGUCAGUGCAGAACGAUACUUAUUCAAAUUGGUCACUAUAUUUCAAUUCAAUGUAUGUUUUAUGUCGUUUUGAAGUUCAAGGGAAGGUAUAAUCACAAAAGCAACUUAUCAACUUAAUGAGCAUGCCACAUGACUCAAGUCACUGUGGUGCAUUGAAUUGCCUGCCUCCUUUGAACUUUAGAAGGAGUUCAUAAAUAGUACUCUUCAUGUUUGUUGUGCACAACAUUGGAAAAAAGAAACAGUUCCUAGUA